AUGUUUGGCACUCGGUACGACCCUGAUGAGCCUACGUCUAUAUCUGUCCUGAAUGCAAAAAGGAAAAGAGAGGAGGCCUCGGAGUCAAGUGAAAGUGAAAAUGAACAAGAUGAUGCAAAAGAACUCAGUAAAAGUGAUGACGAGAGUAGCGAUGACGACAGAGAGGGAAGCAAAAUUUCAGAUGAUAUUAUAGAGAAAACAGAGGCAAGAUUUGAAGUCAGUGAAGAAUCAGACGUGGAAAUGGAAGGUCCAGAACCAAAUGGUGAUCCCCUGUAUGAGUCCAAGCAUGAAGCAGUAUUCAACAAGUUCAAGCAGUCAACAACUACAAUAGGGCAACGUGAGUCUGUAUCUGAAGACGAAAAGGAGGAGGUUGUGGACACACAAGACCUCGCUCCACUUCCCCAACCACAAUUACCUCGUGAUAAGAAGCUUACGUCGACGUCGCAAUACUCAAAGAACUUAGACUGGUUAACAACACCUCAAUAUGUGACACCGAAUGAGAAGCUUUCUUUUCAAGGCCUAGGGGUUGAUGAAACUGUAUUGAAUAAUCUUAAAUCACAUGGCUUUAACGAAGCAUUUGCUGUUCAAGUGAGUGUUCUCAAAACGAUUAUACCUGAAAUUAUAGCCAAUAAAAGGCGACCAGAUGCGUUUGGGGACAUACUAGUGAAUGCAUCCACUGGAUCGGGUAAGACUUUGGCAUACUCUAUUCCGAUAGUCCAAGCAUUACACGACAGAGUCGUACCUCGAGUGAGAGCAAUUGUGCUAGUUCCAACUAGACCAUUAAUUAAUCAAGUGAAAACUACAAUGCUACAGCUAUCCCAGGGUACAAAUUUAUCAGUAGUAGGAUUGAAAAAUGAUAUAUCAAUCAAAGAAGAAAGUGAAAAGUUGAAAAAAAUGGUUCCUGAUAUAGUGGUAAGUACGCCAGGUAGGUUGGUUGAGCAUUUGAAUAUAAACUCCAUCAGCCUAUCAGGCUUGAGAUUUCUCGUCAUCGAUGAAGCAGAUAGGCUUUUAAAUCAAUCUUUUCAAAAUUGGUCGCUGGUACUCACCAACAAAAUUGAUGAGCAGCAAAAACGUGACAUAUCAGAAAGGUGGAGCCUAAAAGUACAAAAGUUGGUUUUUUCUGCAACAUUGACUACUGAUGCUGGGAAGCUAUCCAAUCUCAAUUUUUACAAGCCGAGACUUAUCAUUGUCAACGAUACUGAGCAAUUGGUCAAUGAAAUGUUUAGCGUGCCUUCAUUGUUGUCUGAAUUUAUCAUUCAUUAUGGUGUGGCCAAAAACUCGUUAAAACCCUUGAUACUUGCCAAAUUUUUAGCUUCACAGAAGAAACUCUCCAACGUGCUAAUAUUUACGAAGUCAAAUGAGUCAUGUAUCAGGUUGUCAAAGCUUUUGCAGCUCAUUAUGGAUGCAUUUUCAAUGCUGAUCAACGUAGCAUUCAUCAAUUCAACCAACAACAGAACAUCAGUACGAGCUCGAGUUUUAAGGGACUUCUCCACCCAAAAGAUAAACAUCCUCAUUGCCACGGAUUUGAUUGCCAGAGGUAUAGACUUGACCACAAUCACCGAUGUCAUUAAUUACGAUUUGCCCAAUUCAUCACGAGAGUAUGUCCAUAGAGUUGGUCGUACUGCGAGAGCAAAAAACGCAGGUAACGCUUAUAAUUUUGUAUUUGGGAAAGGUGAACGGAAAUGGUUUAAUACGUUUUCUAGGGAUAUUGGUCGUGGUGAUAAGGAAGUUGAACCGUUGGAGUUGAAAUUGAGUGAGGUUAUCACUAAACACGACGAAGAGGUGUACCAAAAAGCAUUGUUGGAUUUGCAACAACAAGCUGUAAUGUGA